AUGUUGUACACCCUCUUGGAGGGAACGGCCGUGGACGCUCUGGAACAUGUGGAGCUGGACGAGUUGGCAGUCGACGGCGGUGAAGAGAAGCUGUUCGCCGUCCUGGACGCACGAUACCCAGAGCGAGAGGCGGCCGACCGAGUGGGAGACGCGCUGGAGUCCGUGUUUGGUCUGAAGAUCGUGAAGGCGGAGCUCACUAGUGCGUACGUGGGCCGAGCCCAGACGAUAUUCAUGAAGGCAAAGAAGGAGGGCGUGGAAAUCCCUGAUGUCGCUCAAGGAUUUCUCCUUCUUCGGGGCGCCCGCCUCGGAGGCGACCGGCGCGCCGUCGUCCCCGCGGCCAGCGAGAGGCAGUGGACGUUUGAGAAGUUGGCCCUGGCACUCAAGACGGUCUACCCGAAGGUGCUGCCUGAGCACGGCGUGCACCUGGUGGAGGACGACUACGUGUGGGAGGCGGCGGGUGAAGAGCAUCCUCCCGCGGCAAGCUCCCAGGAGGAGGUGGAUGCGUUCCUGGCGGAGGUCGAGCAGGAUCGUGAGGAACCCGUAGAAGAGGAUGAGGCCAUCCAGGUGCUGGCGACGUGGAAGGAGACCCGAGUGGCGGUCGCCGAGGAGCGGAAGAAGCGUGGGCUGCCACCUCCACAGGCGCCCGAUCUGAAGAAGUUCUCCGCUCGGGUCCGCUGCUGGGCAUGUAAGCAGGUGGGUCACUUCAGCAAGGAGUGCCCGAAACGAGCUGGCAAGAGUGGCGGCAAGGGCCGCUUCGGCCAGAGGUUCGGGGUUGGCUUCGUCGAGAGUUUCUUCGCUGGAGAAAAAGAGGCCGACCCCUGGAGUGAGAUCGAGGAGAUCCUGGCAACCUGGGACGACAGGGGCCUCGGAGAGCAGCUGACCGAGGAUCAUUUCACGCGUUGCGCGAGGGCCCUGAUUGGCUUGGACACGCUGAGCGAGCUGAUCAAGACGUCUGGGAACGACAUCGAGAUCGACGAGGACCACAAAAUCCCGUGGAGGCUCGGCAACCACCUCGAGAUGGUCGACGCGUACGUGGUCCCGGGCCAGGCGGGCCUCUUUCUGAGCAAGCCCCUCCAGAAGAAGCUAGGAUGCACGCUGGAUAUGGAGAAUGACGAGCUGGUCUUCCCGAAGUUGGGCGUCCGCGUGCUGCUCCAGACGACCCGCGGCGGACACUGCGAGGCCGUAGACGAGAUGCGCGUUGCGAGCCAAGCAAGUUCGCGGAGACCCGUCAUCAUGGAGGUGUUCUCUCCCCCGGGGCUGACCAAGUGGGCCAAGGAGUUUGGGUUUGAGGAUGGCGGCGCAUGCGAUUUGCAGACAGGUUGGGGUGCCCGCCAGCGCGAGGACGUCUCCCGGCUUUCCUGCGACCUGGAGACCAAGGAUCCGUUCCUCGUUUCGCGCAGUCCCCCCUGUGGCAAGCUGUCGCCACUGCAGGCUCUCACGCCCGAGGACCGACGCAAGGGCCCUGAGAGGUUUGAGCGCGAGUUUCAGGAAGUUGUCUCUUUUAUUGUCUUGUGCCUGGUGACUGCGGAGUGGCAGAUGAUGCGCGGGAAGCAUUUCAUACUCGAGCAAUCCCGAGGGAGUUCGGCAUGGGGCUUGAAGGAGAUGACUUAUUUCCUGACGGAGUUUUCCCCCUUCAUCGCAGAGGCGGCGGCGUGCAGGUUUGGCACGCUGGACCGGGUGUCAGGGGUUCCCCUCGCCAAGGUCUGGCGCUUCGCCUCGGAUCUCCCGGAGGUGGCCGAGGAGGUGGGCCGCCAGUGCCGAGGCGGUCACGGGCAUCAGGACGUGAUGGACAGCGCUGGCGGCGUGAAGCGUUCGGUCUGGUCCCAGAUCUAUCCGGACAGACUGGCGAAGGCGUUAGUGAAAGGCGCCUACCGGGCCAGAAUGGAGAACCAGAGCUACAACCGCCAGACGGCCGCCCACGAGGCGGAGGCCAUGGGGGUCGGCGACCAGGGGAAGGACGAGGAGGCGGACACCGAGGGUAAGGAUCGCCUCGCCCGGGACGACCUGUACCAUGGCCAGCCGCAGACCAUCGAGGCUGGCUUGCGCCGUCUACACGUCAAUCUCGGCCACGCCCCUGUGCCUACCAUGAUGAGACAUCUACGCCAUGCGAAUGCGACCGAGGGUGUCCUGAAGAUGGCCGCGGAGUUUCGCUGCCCAGAGUGCGGCGUCAAGGCUGACCCGAAGGCGGUUCGCCCAGCGGCACAAGACAUUGCGCAGCCCCUUUUGAGAUCCAUCGGCAUGGACGUGAAGGAGCUCCCGGGCUGGAUGCCUGAUCAGAUCGCCAAGGCACUCAACAUCGUGUGCGAUACGUCGUCGCUGCAGUCCAUGACUCCGUUCGAUGAGGGCGAUGACGAGGUGGCGGCCGACCUGUUGCGCCUGUGCCGAGACAAUUGGAUUCGGCCAUACCUGUGCCCGAUGUGGAUCCGCCUUGACCCGGCGAAGCCUCACGUGUCCAAGGUCUUCACGAGUGCGAUGGAGCGGGACGGGACCACAAUCCUGGACACGGCCGGCAGCGCCAAGGAGCAGAACGGGAAGGUGGAGCGGCAUGACAGUGGUUCGCCCAGAUGCUGCGCGCCGUGA